CCAUAUACGAACCCAUAGGUGAAGAAUAGGGGAUAUAUAAACCCCUCGAGGAUUCCCCAUUGGUUUUUGCAAUAUUUCUAUAUCCACAGAGAUACUACCGCAGUACAGUACAGUACAGUCCUUCCUUUACAACACAAGAUCCAGAAUCCAGAAUGAAGUCCUUCUCUAUCCUGAGCGUGCUCCUGGCCGCCACCGCGGCGUCGGCACACACCAUCUUCCAGCAGAUUGGAAUCAACGGCGUGAUGCAGACUCGACACCAGUACAUGCGUCUCCCCAGCUACGACGGUCCCAUUACCGACGUGACAGCAACGGAGAUGGCCUGCAACGGCGGCCCCAACCCGCUCGUCAAGAUCUCGUCGGACGUAGCCUCGGUGCCCGCCGGAGCACAGAUCACGCUGCAGUGGGGCCAGACGCUCGACUCGGACUUUGACACGGGGUUGAUCAUUGACGCUUCGCACAAGGGACCUGUCAUGGUCUACAUGUCCAAAGUCUCCUCGGCGACGGGCGCGAUCCCUAACAGCGGCUGGUUCAAGAUCUACGAGGACGGGUACACGAACGGGGUAUGGGGCGUUGACAAGCUGAUCACGAACAAGGGCAAAGUCACCGUCACGCUGCCGUCGUGUCUUCCCGCGGGCGACUACCUGCUUCGCGGCGAGCUGAUCGCCCUUCACGCCGCCGGAAGCUACCCCGGCGCACAGCUGUACAUGGAGUGCGCCCAGAUCAGGCUCACGAGCGGUGGCAGCACGAGCCCCGCUACCUACAAUAUCCCAGGCAUCUAUGCGGGAACUGAUGCUGGUAUCAAGUUUAACCUCUAUGCGAGCACCAUUAGUUACACUAUUCCAGGUCCUCGCCCGUUCACUUGCUAGAGAUCGAAAAACUUUUGGGAGUUGGGGUUUGGGUUGAAUGUUGGAGUUAUGGUUAGGUCUUGAUGACCAGAUUGUACAGAUGAGGAGAUAUAACAUGUAUGAUGUAUCUCAUGUGCUGUUUGUGGACAGUAAUUCAGCAGACUUCGUUCCUCACACACACACACACACAGUCGAUG